AUGGCACCCAGGCUCUGGUCUCGGUGGUCCUUCCCCGCAGGCAGGUGUCAGGACCCGCCUAAUAAACAUGUGUGGCCUCCCCCUCUCGCUUGCUGGGCGGGCCUUUCCGGGGGCGGGGUUUUGAAGCUGAAGCUUCUGAGGCGCGCGCGUCGGGUCCGCCCCCGAGCGCCGAUUGGCUGGUGUGCUGGGCCCAGCAUGGGCAGGGGGCGGUUCCACUUAAAAACCCUGGGACAAGAGCGGUCCUUGUCUGCGUUCGGUGUCCAGGCAGGCGCCGCGGCUCUGCUGCUGCUGCUGCCCGCCACCAUGUUCCACCUGCUCCUGGCGGCCCGUUCGGGCCCCGCGCGCCUGCUGGGUCCACCCGCGUACCUGCCUGGACUGGAGGCGCUGUGGAGCCCACGGGCGCUGCUGCUGUGGCUCGCCUGGCUCGGCCUGCAGGCGGCGCUCUACCUACUGCCGGCGCGCAAGGUGGCCGAGGGGCAGGAAUUGAAGGACGAGAGUCGCCUGCGCUAUCCUAUUAACGGCUUCCAGGCCCUGGUGCUGACAGCCCUGUUGGUGGGGCUGGGGAUGUCAGCGGGGCUGCCUCUGGGGGCGCUCCCGGAAAUGCUCCUGCCCUUGGCGUUUGUCGCCACCCUCACCGCUUUCAUCUUCAGCCUCUUUCUCUACAUGAAGGCGCAGGUAGCCCCAGUUUCGGCCCUGGCACCUGGGGGCAACUCAGGCAAUCCGAUUUACGACUUUUUUCUGGGACGGGAGCUCAACCCUCGUAUCUGUUUCUUCGACUUCAAAUAUUUCUGUGAACUGCGACCUGGCCUCAUCGGCUGGGUCCUCAUCAACAUGGCCCUGUUGAUGAAGGAGGCAGAGCUUCGGGGCAGUCCCUCACUGGCCAUGUGGCUGGUCAAUGGCUUCCAGUUACUCUACGUGGGUGAUGCCCUCUGGCAUGAGGAGGCCAUCCUCACCACCAUGGAUAUCACACAUGACGGGUUUGGCUUCAUGCUGGCGUUUGGGGACAUAGCCUGGGUGCCCUUCACCUACAGCCUGCAGGCCCAGUUCCUGCUGCACCACCCGCAGUCCCUGGGAUUGCCCAUGGCCUCCGUCAUCUGCCUCAUCAAUGCUAUUGGUUACUACAUCUUCCGUGGGGCGAAUUCCCAGAAAAACACUUUCCGAAAGAAUCCUUCUGACCCCAGAGUGGCUGGGCUUGAGACCAUCUCUACAGCCACAGGGCGGAAACUGCUGGUGUCUGGGUGGUGGGGUAUGGUCCGCCAUCCCAACUACCUUGGAGACCUCAUCAUGGCUCUGGCUUGGUCCUUGCCCUGCGGGGUGUCACACCUGCUGCCCUACUUCUACCUCCUCUACUUCACCGCGCUGCUGGUGCACCGUGAGGCCCGGGAUGAGCGGCAGUGCCUGCAGAAGUACGGCCUGGCCUGGCAGGAGUACUGCCGGCGCGUGCCUUACCGCAUCAUGCCCUACAUCUACUGAAGCGGCUCCACCACCCCAGGUGGGGGCAUGUGCCCACUCAUCCACCAGCACACCCAGGACCAGGAGCCUGGACACACUUGGGACUCAAGGGCUUGCACCCCACCCAGCCCUGAGCAUGAACAGCCUCAAAGAAGAGGUGGUUUAGAGCAAGGAAAAAAAUGAAACCAGUGACCAAAA